GUAGAGGCCCGGGGUGGUGAACAGUCUCCGGCACCAUGUCUGGUUUGUCUGGCCCACAGGCGCACGGUGGCCCUUGCCGGUUAGCGUUGCUGCUUUUACUCCUGCUCGGCCCCAGCUCGGUCCUCGCCAUCUCCUUCCAUCUGCCCGUUAACGCCCGCAAGUGCCUCCGCGAGGAGAUCCACAAGGACCUGCUGGUGACCGGCGCGUACGAGAUCACCGACCAGUCUGGGGGCGCUGGCGGCCUGCGCACCCACCUCAAGAUCACAGAUUCUGCUGGUCAUAUUCUGUACUCCAAGGAGGAUGCAACCAAGGGGAAAUUUGCCUUUACCACUGAAGACUAUGACAUGUUCGAAGUGUGUUUUGAGAGCAAGGGAACAGGGCGGAUACCUGACCAGCUCGUGAUCCUAGACAUGAAGCAUGGAGUGGAGGCGAAAAAUUAUGAGGAGAUUGCAAAAGUUGAGAAGCUCAAACCUUUAGAGGUGGAGUUACGACGCCUAGAAGACCUUUCAGAGUCCAUCGUGAAUGAUUUUGCCUACAUGAAGAAGCGAGAGGAAGAGAUGCGGGAUACCAAUGAGUCAACAAAUACUCGGGUCCUGUACUUCAGCAUCUUUUCAAUGUUCUGCCUCAUUGGACUAGCCACCUGGCAGGUUUUCUACCUGCGUCGCUUCUUCAAGGCAAAGAAGCUGAUUGAGUAAUAAGGCCUAGUCUCCUCCCACCUUGUAUCUCAGCCAGCAGAACAUCGCUGGGACAUGUCUGGCCUAAAACAUCCUACCAACAGCACCAUCGAGGCCCGUUGGAGCUUUCUUGCCAGAACUGAUGUCUUGGUGUGGGAGGACAUGGGUUACCGCCUACACCCAAGUCAAUGAGGGACUUCUUUUUAACUUGGUAGGAUUUGGACUGGUUUUGCAACAAUAGGACUAUUAUUAGAGUCACCUAUGACAAAAAAUAGGGGUUACCUAGAUAGUGCCAGAGCCAACAUUUGUACUGGGUUUCCUCGUGUGAUCUGUUUGAACCAUAUUUUCUUUUCUUCUCCCACUUGCUCACCAGCUUGGGCUUCCACUCUAGUUCCUUUAUCAAGAUUUGUAUGACCAUGUACAACUUGUUUCAUUCUGAUUGUCCUCUUUGGAUUUCCAUGUGGAAACAUCCCUAAUUUUCUCUUUACCCUUAGCUGAAAUGUUUAGGUAGCUUCUGGUGAUAUCCUUUCAUAAUUUUAUGUCUCUUAAAAGGGGGAUGGAUGUGACACCUCAUCGAAGUGAGCUCUGAACUGUAGAUAACUCUUAAAGAAAAUUUCAUUUUAGAGAAUUAAAAUAUUUGUGCUCAACUGCUUGAACUUUUUUCUUUUAGUGUAAUUGUAAGUUCUAUGCAAUUUUAUCGCUUGUGUAGAUUUGUGAGACCACCACCGCAAGAUGCAGAACAGUUCCAUCAAACGAAUCCCUUGUGCUCCCCUUUUAUAGCCACGCCACCUCCCUUCUCCCCUUUUAUAGCCACGCCACCUCCCUUCUUUACCCUCAAGCCCCAACUUCUGGCAGCCACUAAUCUGUUCUCCAUUUCUCCAAUUUUGUCAUUUCAAGAAUGUUAUAUAAAUGGAAUCAUAUAGUAUGUAACUUUUGAGAUUGACUUUUUUCACUCAGCAUAAUUCCCUUGAAAUCCAUCCAAAUUGUUGGGUGUAUCAACAGUUGGUUCCUUUUUCUUGCUCAGUAGUAUUUCAUGGUCUGGUUGUACCAGUUUGUUUAACCAUUCACCCAUUGAAGGACAUUGGGGUUGUUUUCAGUUUUUGGCCAUUACUAAUAAAGCUGUUGUUAACAUUCACGUACAGGUUUUUAUGUGAACAUAAAUUUUCAUUUCUCUGCGAUAAGUGCCCAAUAGGGCAAUUGCUGAGUUGUAUGGUAAGCACGUGUUUAUUAUUGUAAGAAAUCAUCCUACUCUUUUUCCAGUGACUGUGCCAUUUUACGUUCCCACCAGAAAUGUAUGGCCGAUCCAGUUUCUCUGCAUCCUCACCAGUAUUUGCUAUUGUUAUUAUUUUUUAUUUUAGUCAUUCUGAUAGGCGAGCAUAAUGGUACCUCAUUAUGGUUUUAAUUUGCAUUUUCCUAAUGGCUACUGAUGUUGAACAUCUUUUCAUGUGCUUAUUUGCCAUCUGUGUAUCGUCCUCGGUGAAAUAUCUGUUCAUGCCCUUUGCCCAUUUUCUAAUUAGAUUGUCUGUUCUUUUUACUAUUGAGUUUUGAGAGUUCUUGAUAUAUCCUAAGUACAAGUCCUUUGUCAGAUAUGUGGUUGCUUGAAUUUGUAACAUAACUUCUAUCAAGAAAAAAAUAAGUAAAAUUUACCAAGUCUUCUUAUAGGGCUGGUCAUUGACUUAAUUUCUGUCCUUACGUGUUCCAUCUAGAAAAUUAAGACAUACGAGGUAUAAAAAAGAACACAUCUGGGAAGAUCAUGAAUAGAGUAAAUACUUGAAAAUACAUGUUGUCAAAGCAAAGCCAAGAAUCGCUAUGGGAAUAUGAGGUGCCUAAAGGCCAAUACUAAUGUAAAUAAGAGAAAGUGUAGAUACAAAUGACCAUGUUUGUAAACAGUUUGAAAAAUACUAUCACUUGAAAUUUUCCCCACUUCUCCCAGGAAAGUGGGUAGCAGUUGGUCCUUUCUGUAAUCUCUCUUUUAGCCCUGCUGACUGUUACAGGGCUUGGCUAAUCGCACUGGCAAGAAUUACAGGAUUUAAGGCCAUGCAGCUUGCAGUUGGGCAGCAUACUGGAGUUAACAGAGAACACUGCUGUGAUGACCUGGAUAAGGUACACAGGUGGAAGAGGGAGUGAGUUAUGUUGUUAAAAUCUCAGGCUGUUCUGUUAAUGUUCCAGCUACUGGGAACCCAGAAGCCUUUUUUUUCCCCCUUCUUUUGACUCCCUGUAUAAUUCCUCUGGUGUGGCAUUAAGAGUGGUUCUUUCAUUAAUUUAUGCAACAUUGCCAUCUGCUGUUAAGAACUGGUAGGUACUGUUCUGAGAACCAAGCAGCUGAAUCCUCGCCCUAAGGGCAGCAGAUGUUGAGCAAGCCUAUCUGUGCUAUUACAUAUUCUGACCGACAGAGGAUGUACCCAAGUAGGGAAGAGAAUAACCAAAUUUGUGGGUUAAGGUCCAUCCUUAAACUUUUAAAGGUGAAAUUCUAUUUUGUACCAUUAUCCUAACAAGAUACACUUUCAUAUUUCUGAAUGGUGCCUUUCCACUUUCUAGAAGCAAUGAAAGCUACUCAGUUGGUUAUAGUCUUUUGUUCUGACAAAAUGUCAAGAAGAUAGGACAGGAGAAUAUUUUAUUUUGCUGAUGUUUUUCUUCCCAAAUGUGACUUUGUGAAACUGAAAUUCUUUUUCAUGUCCUUUCCUUUUACUCAUGCCAAAACUACCAACUCGGACAUUUGUGCUUUUGGUUUAAAGUUCAUUGAUAUUACACCUUGAUUUUAUCUAAAAAGUAAAAUGAUUUGCAUUUGGUAAAAGGCUAGUUAGUGCAAGAGCAAAUCAGCUUUAAAAACAAGGAUGUUACCUGCUUUCCUUCGUUUUUGAGCCUGUUAUUCAACACGGUCUGUGUAACAUAGGUGAGAAUGAUACAGUUUAAGUAAGCUUUGUUAUACCAUUGUCAGAAACCCCUGUCAUAAGCCAUUUUUCUGUUUGUGUAAUGGAAAGAGGCACAUGGAUUUAUACGGAUUCACUUCUAAGUGUUGGAUUGGGGAUUUUUGUGUAAGUUUUCUCAAAUAAAGGCUAGCAGAAACCAUU